UCACAAACGUCACCAUCUUCCACUCCGAGUGCAGAGCACAUUUCUUUGACCUUGUCAGCUUUAAUAUAAACACAUCGCAACAGGUCUAUUUAUAUGAAAAAGGAAAACAAAAAAAACCCACACUCUACCAAACCAAGACACUCUACUGCACAUUUCUCUCUAGGGAGGUGAUGAGAGAACAAACGUGACGGAUGUUAGUCACAUUGCUUAAUGCACUACUAGAAGUCUCACAGAUGCUAUGACGAUGAGCGUGGUGUAAGAUCCUGCAUAGAACAGAACAGAAAUAUGCUACUGCAGAGAAGAGGGCAAACAUACACAGGAGACUACUCUUAGGCACAGAUCCUCUUCUGUACGCUCACACCUUCCUCUGUACUUGCCAUGGCUGGAGAAAUAAUUUAUUCUUAUUUAAACAUUCCUGGAGCCAGUUCCUCUUCAAGGCCACCGCAACGAUCUCAGCAUCUCAGUUCCCCUCCAUGUCCCCGGUGGCAUCGCAUCGCUGUAGGGGCCGGAUGGGCUGGGAACGUCGUCCUGACAAUAGCUGUGAUAGCCCUGGGGGUUUGGGGGCAGACCAGAGGAACUCUGAAUACGUCGGAGAAUAAUGAAACCAGAAUCGUCAGUAGCACUGAAUGCAGCUCCUGCCUGGAGGAUUUCCGGUCUCGCUUGAAACCAAUUCUAUGUGAACCCCACAAUGGCAGCUUGGCAGAGGACUCUGGGUGCAAACUCUGCCCCAGGGACUGGCUGCUGCAUGGGGACACGUGCUACUGGCUGUCUAAAAAGAGUAAAAACUGGACUGGGAGCCGUGACGACUGCUUGUGGAAGAGCGCUCAAAUGCUCGUGAUCCAGAACCGGGAGGAAAUGGAUUCCAUACAGAAUCUUACACAAGGUGCAAAUGAUGUCUGGAUUGGACUUACAGUGACACUUCCAGGGGGGAAAUGGACCUGGGUGGACGGUUCCCCGUUAGAUCCAAUGCUCUUCUCAGGCUCUGCUGCUGGGAACAGCUGUGCGUCUGUAAAAGGCACCCAGAUUCAGUCUGAGACGUGUACUGCUGAGUUCAAAUGGAUCUGCCAGAAAGAAGCUGCUGUGAUAUAAACAGUCGGGC